AUGGUCCUGGAGUUUAGCCGGCGGGACGAACGGGACACAGACUACACCAUGAACUCCGCCGUCAGCACAGAAUCCAUGGAUAUGGAGGGGGAGGACAUGUCACAAGUUGACGGUUGCGGGUUGAGUGGGGCUUCGGACGACGACGACGAGUGCGCGUCCUCCCCCACUGGCUCCACGUACGAUGACAGCGCUGAUCUCAUCAAGAAUGCCAUGAGCGAUGAAGUUACCAAGCAACUUGCUGCAGCUGGUCCGGUGGGCAUGGCUGCCGCAGCCGCUAUAGCGUCGUCUAAGAAACGCAAGCGGCCGCACUCCUUCGAGACCAACCCGUCCGUCAGGAAGCGACAUCAGAAUAGACUACUUAGAAAACUCAGACAAACAAUAGAAGAGUUCGCGACUCGCGUGGGCCAACAAGCCGUGGUACUAGUGGCGACCCCUGGCAAGCCAAAUACCUCAUACCGUGUGUUUGGGGCGAAGCCUCUAGAGGACGUUGUACGCAACCUGCGCUGCAUGAUCAUGGAGGAACUGGAGAACGCACUCGCACAACAGUUCGGGCUGGGCGACGGGCCGCAGGCGCCGGCGCCGCCGCAGGAGGAUCCCUCGCUGUUCGAGCUGCCGCCGCUCAUCAUCGACGGCAUCCCCACGCCCGUCGAGAAGAUGACGCAGGCACAGCUCCGCGCAUUCAUACCGCUCAUGCUCAAGUACUCCAUGGUGCGAGGGAAACCGGGUUGGGGCCGCGAGUCCACGCGACCUCCGUGGUGGCCCAAGGACCUUCCCUGGGCCAACGUCAGAAUGGACGCUCGUACUGAGGACGAGAAACAAAAGAUGUCGUGGACUCACGCGCUUCGUCAGAUCGUAAUCAACUGCUACAAGUACCACGGGCGAGAGGACUUGUUGCCCGCCUUUACAGAGGACGACGAGAAGGGACCUCCCACGCAACCCAUAUCGGCUUGUAUGCCGACCGCGGCCAGUAACUCGUCGUCUAGUUCUACAUCCGCAGCACGUAACAGCCAGCAGCAACAAGCAGUGCUGACGUCACAACAAGUCUGCAUCGAUCAAAUGACCCUCGCUGAUGUUGAUAUGUCACAAUACGCGCCUGCUGUUCUACAAACAAUCACGAAUCCGGACGGAACUGUAUCUCUCAUCCAAGUCGACCCCAGCAAUUCCAUCAUCACAUUACCUGACGGCACUACUGCGCAAGUUAUUCACAGCGGCGAGGGUGGAGCGGGUAUCCAGGCACUAGACGGAGAUGGCGCCGUGGCCGUGGACCUCAACGCAGUGGCCGAGGCCACGCUCAACCACGACGGACAGAUCAUACUCACCGGGGAGGACGGACAUGGGUACCCAAUCUCAGUGUCGGGAGUGAUCACAGUGCCAGUGUCUGCGUCAGUGUACCAGUCGAUGGUGGCGUCCAUGCAGCAACAAGAUGGCGGCGUGUGCGUGGCGCCGCUCGUACAGAUGGAUCAGAACGGUGAGGGUUUGGAGACGAUCUCCAUGGGCGGCGGCGUCACGCAGGUGAUGCUGCAAGGCGGAGAGGGCGCGCAGGUCUUACAGGUGCUCAGUCUCAAGGACGCUACUGUACUCACCAAGGCCAUGCAAGUAAAAGCGGAACGUGACGCUGUAGUAACAGAUUCCUAG